GCUAAAUGAGAGCCUGCCUGCCUAGCCAGACAAUGUCCGAGAUUUCGAGUAUAAAACGUGCGGCGGCGGCCCGGUUGUGGAUGCAAGGGAAGAAUUCCAUCUCAGCCGGGAUUUAAUGACAACGCCACCAUCACCGCUUCCCCUGUUCAUCGAAGGCUUUUUCCCGGGGGCGCGGUACAGUACAGAAUAUACGGCCAAUGCAAUAAACGCUGACACGCUGAAUCCUGGUACGCUCCGCUGGCAUUGACCGCCACGCACUUAAAGUGCCGCCACAUCGUGUCUUGUUUGCUGCCCGAGUUCUACGCCAUCUCCUGUCCACGCUCGUCCCACAGACUUGAGCCCUCCUGAGGUGGGCCGGAUUCCACCUUGCCGUCAACAAAGCGAGUUGAAGACCGCUGCCAAGCAUCAUGGCCGACGAAAAGGAGGUCGCCGCUACCCACACUGGCAGCGACUCGCCCUCUCCUGGGCCAGAGGCCGACAAGAAAUAUGGCAUCAAGGAGCAUUGGAAGUGCCUGGCCGCUUGCACCCUCGUCUCCAUGUGUCCUUUCCAGUAUGGGCUCGACUUUGGCCUAAUUGGCGGUUUACAGGCCAUGGUUGGCUUCCUCAAGAUCUUUGGGCACCCAGCCCCUGAGCUCCCGAGCGGCUGGAACAUCGGUACCGAGCGCCAGCAGCUGAUCUCGUCACUCAUGACGCUCGGCGCCUUCAUCAGCUCCUCGGCAGCUGGGCCGAUAGCGGGCGUCAUGAGCCGCAGGAUGGCCAUCUGGUCCGCCAGCCUGCUCUGCAUCGUGUCCAACAUCAUCAUGAUGAGCACGACAAACAUCGGCGGCCUCUACGCGGGACGCCUGCUCAUCGGCCUGGCCAACGGCAUGUUCAUGACCUUCUCGCAGCUGUACAUCCAGGAGUGCUCGCCGGCGCGGUACCGGGGCCUGAUGAUAUCGUCCUUCCAGGUGUGGACGUCGCUCGGGUCGCUCGUGGGGACCAUCGUUGACAACUUCACCGAGAAGAUCGACGGCCGCAACUCGUACCUGAUCCCGCUCGGGCUCAUCUUCAUCAUGCCCGUCCUCAUGUCGCUGGGCCUCCUGCUCAUCCCCGAGUCGCCGCGCUGGCUGAUGCAGCACGGCAAACCCGAGCAGGCCCGCAAGGCCCUACGCUGGCACCGCCCCUUCCCCGAGGCCCGCAUCGACGCCGAGAUCCGCGACAUCGAGGUCGCCCUCGAGACCGAGAGCCACCACAAGAGCAUCCCCGUCUGGGACAUGUUCCGGGACCCCGUCGACCGCCGCCGCACCGUGCUCGCCGUGUGCGGUCUGACCGUGCAGGGCGCUUCCGGGGCCAUGUAUAUGAUUGCGUACGGCACGUACUUCUUCCGCAUGGCGGGCAUCGGACAGCCAUUCGAGAACUCGUGCAUCCUCAACGGCGUCGGCAUCGUGGCGAUUCUGAUCAACAGCGCCCUCAUCACAAACUUUGGCCGCCGCCGCGUUUUCCUCGUCUCGGGCCUGGUGCUCUGCGGGCUCGCCCAGCUGCUUACCGCCGUCGUCUACACCGUUAACCCGGGUACCAAGUCGACCGGCCAGGCCAUUGUCGCGCUCGCUGUUAUCUACAUCUUUGGUUACAAUGGAAUGGUGGCGACGUACGCGUGGGUGUCUGGCGGCGAACUGCCGUCGCAGCGGCUGCGCUCGUACACGUUCGGCCUGGCCACGGCCGUGGGUUUCUUCGCUGCCUGGCUAACAACGUUCACCGCGCCCUACUUCAUCAACCCCGAGGCACUCAACUGGGGGCCCAAGUACGGCUACAUCUGGCUGCCCUCGUGCCUGAUUUCGGCUGCUUGGGUCUACUUUUUCCUCCCCGAAGUCAAGAACCGCACGCUAGAGGAAAUCGACGAGAUGUUCGAGGCCCGACUGCCGGCAAAGAAGUUCCGCAAGUACGUCUGCGUCAGCGGCGGCACCGUUGCCAGCGGGAGCGAUGUCGACACCGGCAGCAAGAAGGGCGAUGACGUCGUGCAUGCCGAAGAGGUCAAGGUCUGA